AGGCUUGUUUCUGGUGCAGGUGACAUCAAACUCACCAAAGAUGGCAAUGUGCUGCUCCAUGAGAUGCAAAUUCAACAUCCAACAGCUUCCUUGAUAGCAAAAGUAGCAACAGCUCAGGAUGACGUCACAGGAGAUGGUACUACUUCAAAUGUUCUAAUUAUUGGAGAGUUAUUAAAACAAGCUGAUCUGUACAUUUCUGAGGGCCUGCACCCUAGAAUAAUAGCUGAAGGAUUUGAAGCUGCAAAGAUAAAAGCACUUGAAGUUUUGGAAGAAGUUAAAGUGACAAAGGAGAUGAAAAGAAAAAUCCUCUUAGAUGUAGCUAGAACAUCAUUACAAACCAAAGUUCAUGCUGAACUGGCUGAUGUGUUAACAGAGGCUGUGGUGGAUUCUGUUUUGGCUGUUAGAAGACCAGGUUACCCUAUUGAUCUCUUCAUGGUAGAAAUAAUGGAGAUGAAACAUAAACUAGGAACAGAUACAAAGUUGAUCCAAGGAUUAGUUUUGGAUCAUGGUGCCCGUCAUCCAGAUAUGAAGAAGCGAGUAGAAGAUGCAUUUAUCCUUAUUUGCAACGUUUCACUGGAAUAUGAAAAAACAGAGGUGAACUCUGGUUUCUUUUAUAAGACUGCAGAAGAGAAAGAGAAAUUGGUAAAAGCUGAAAGAAAAUUUAUUGAAGAUAGAGUACAAAAAAUAAUAGACCUGAAGGACAAAGUCUGUGCUCAGUCCAAUAAAGGAUUUGUCGUCAUUAAUCAAAAGGGAAUUGAUCCAUUUUCCUUAGAUACUCUUGCAAAACAUGGAAUAGUAGCUCUUCGCAGAGCAAAAAGAAGAAAUAUGGAAAGACUCUCUCUUGCUUGUGGUGGAAUGGCCGUGAAUUCUUUUGAAGAUCUCACUGUAGAUUGCUUGGGACAUGCUGGUCUUGUGUAUGAGUAUACAUUAGGUGAAGAAAAGUUCACUUUUAUUGAGGAGUGUGUUAACCCUCGCUCUGUUACCUUGUUGGUUAAAGGACCAAAUAAGCAUACUCUCACACAAGUCAAGGAUGCCAUAAGAGACGGACUUCGUGCUAUCAAAAAUGCCAUUGAAGAUGGUUGCAUGGUUCCUGGAGCUGGUGCAAUUGAAGUGGCAAUGGCUGAAGCUCUUGUUACAUAUAAGAACAGUAUAAAAGGAAGAGCUCGUCUUGGAGUCCAAGCUUUUGCUGAUGCCUUACUCAUUAUUCCCAAGGUUCUUGCUCAGAAUGCUGGUUAUGACCCACAGGAAACACUAGUAAAAGUUCAGGCUGAGCAUGUCGAGUCAAAACAACUUGUGGGCAUAGAUUUGAAUACAGGUGAGCCAAUGGUAGCAGCAGAUGCAGGAGUUUGGGAUAAUUACUGUGUAAAAAAACAACUUCUUCACUCUUGCACAGUGAUUGCCACCAACAUUCUCCUGGUUGAUGAAAUUAUGCGAGCUGGGAUGUCUUCUCUCAAAGGAUGAUUGAAUUCAAAAUCAACCCCUCUAGAAGGUGAAAUUUAGUACACUUUACAUCUGACUACUAUUAUGUAGCCUGAGCCAUUCUGAAUUUCUACACAAUAAAUGCAGUUUAUGUCU